AUAAACGCUGCGCCAGCAGAAAAGCAGAGACGCGCAUUGUGCUCGCCCCCGCGACUCACCAAUACACUGCGCUCGGUCCAAAGUUUAUUCUCGCUCGGAUGCGGCUUUGUUGCUCCUCUACGUGAUUUAUCUCGCAAUAUUCGAUUCUUUUCCGCAUCUUCUACUUUUGCAUUCCGUAUUCGUCCGAACUUGCUUCAUUAUGAUUUUUGUGACUUUGUUUUGCGUGUGCGUCUUUGUAACAUCGUUGCAAGCUGACAGUAAACGUUAUGUGGUCGGCGGCUGCCCGAGUCUCUGUGAUAAGUCUAUGUGCCCGUCUAUGCCAAAGGACUGUCCUACGGGGCAGGUAAUGGAUCAUUGUAACUGCUGCCUGGUGUGCGCGUCCGGGGAGGGAGAAGUUUGCGGCGGGGUAGGUAAACUGGGUGACCCGGUGUGUGGAGAAGGUUUGAAGUGUUCGGUAACCGGAGGAGUGGGGUACUCCGCCACCGUCAGGAGGAGAGGGAAAACGGGAGUGUGUGUGUGCAAGGGCAGCGAGCCGGUAUGCGGCAGCGAUGGGGUGUCGUAUGAUAACAUCUGCGAGCUGAAGCGGGUCAGUAACCGGGCGCAGAGCCUGCAGCAGCCGCCGGUGCUUUUCAUACAACGGGGAGCGUGUGGGACAGCCGCCCAUGAUAACCCUGACAGCCUGAGGUACAAGUACAAUUUCAUUGCGGAUGUAGUGGAGAAGAUCGCCCCUGCUGUGGUUCAUAUUGAACUUUAUCGCAAGAUGGUUUAUUCUAAGCGAGAGAUGGCAGUGGCGAGCGGGUCAGGCUUUGUGGUGUCUGAAGACGGCCUCAUCGUGACCAAUGCCCACGUGGUAGCCAAUAAAAACAGAGUGAAGGUGGAACUUAAAAACGGAGAAUCGUAUGAUGCAAAGAUCAAAGACGUUGAUGAAAAAGCAGACAUUGCCCUCAUAAAGAUUGAUCCACCGAGUAAGCUUCCUGUACUUUUACUUGGGCGAUCGGCUGACCUUAGACCAGGAGAAUUUGUGGUUGCCAUCGGCAGCCCGUUUUCCCUUCAGAACACAGUUACAACGGGCAUCGUGAGCACCACACAGAGAGGAGGAAAAGAGUUGGGCCUGCGAAACUCUGAUAUGGAUUACAUUCAGACCGAUGCCAUCAUUAAUUAUGGUAAUUCUGGGGGGCCGUUAGUCAAUCUGGAUGGGGAGGUGAUUGGAAUCAACACAUUAAAAGUCACUGCAGGAAUAUCUUUCGCUAUCCCAUCAGACAAGAUACGCCAGUUUCUUGCGGAGUCGUAUGACCGACAAGCUAGAGGUCGUGGGGCAAUGAAGAAAAGAUACAUUGGUGUUCGUAUGAUGACCCUCACUCCUGCUUUGUCCAAAGAGCUGAGAGGUCGACUGCAAGACUUUCCUGACAUCACGUCAGGAGCCUAUGUCAUCGAGGUCAUCUCUAAAACCCCAGCUGCCGCUGGUGGACUUAAGGAACAUGAUGUCAUCAUUUCCAUCAAUGGUCAGCGGAUCUCCUCGGCAACGGAUGUAAGCACAUCCAUAAAAAAAGACUCCAAUUUACGCGUGGUAGUACGGAGAGGUAACGAGGACGUCAUCCUUACUAUCAUUCCCAUGGAGAUUGACCCUUGACCCUGACUAGACCUCGGACCCACCAAUGAACUUACUGGGCGUGUCUGCGGCCCCACCCUUUAUGAGGGACACCUGGUCAACUGUCCAUGCUCUUGAAAUGACUGGCAGGGUGAAAGCUCUGACUUAUAAGAUGUUAGACUGUACAGAGCACAUAGAUUUAGAUCCAUGUUCACUUUUAUUAAUGUCAUUUUUAUCAUAAUUAAUGAUUUAAAAGAUGGUACUACUGUUUACAUAAGCCAUUAGACUUUUUUUAGAUUUUCCAUAUUAUAGAUUUUCUUAUCAAGUUUCUAACAAUACAGUAUAUUGGUGUGCACAGCGGUUAAGAGUUCUUUCAGAACUUGUUUGGAUUUUGUAACACUUUUGUAAAAUAAACUUUUUUUUUGCUAUUGAAAAUAUUGAAAAACCUUUUGAUAUGUUGAGCAUCAUGUUUUAUAAUAAAUGUUUCACAUAACAAUG